AUGGUAAUUUACAAUAACACCACAUCCUCCUCCUCAAACUUCCUCCUCACUGCGUUCCCUGGGCUGGAACUUGCUCAUGUCUGGAUCUCCAUCCCUGUCUGCUGUCUCUACACUGUCGCCCUCUUGGGAAACAGCAUGAUCCUGUUUGUCAUCAUUGUUGAGAGGAGUCUCCACAAGCCCAUGUACUAUUUCCUCUCCAUGCUGUCAGCUGUCGAUCUAUGUCUGACCGUCUCGACCCUCCCCACUGUGCUUGGGGUUCUCUGGUUUCAUGCCAGGGAGAUCAGCUUUAAAGCUUGCCUCAUUCAAAUGUUUUUUGUACAUAGCUUCUCCUUCCUGGAGUCCUCAGUGCUGGUAGCCAUGGCCUUUGACCGCUUCAUGGCUAUUUGUAACCCACUGAAGUAUGCCACUGUCCUCACAGAUAAGAUGAUCAUGAUGAUUGGAUUGGUCAUCUGCAUUCGACAAGUAACUUUCAUCUUUCCCAUGACUCUAGCCUUGAAGAGUGUAUCCUUUCAUGGAGGCCAGGAACUUUCCCACCCAUUUUGCUACCAUUCAGAUGUGAUCAAAUACACAUAUUCCAACCCCCGGAUCAGUAGCUUUUUGGGCAUGUUUCUUCAGCUCUACCUGACUGGCACUGACUUAUUGUUCAUUCUUUUUUCCUAUGUCCUGAUUCUGCGUACUGUCCUGAGCAUUGUGGCCCCUAAGAAGCAACAAAAAGCUCUCAAUACUUGUGUGUGUCAUAUCUGUGCAGUCACUGUUUUCUACGUGCCGAUGAUCAGCCUGUCCUUUACACACCGCCUCCUCAGCUCCACCCCGAGGGUGAUCUGUAGUGUUUUGGCCAAUAUUUAUUUGCUCUUACCACCUGUACUGAACCCUAUCAUUUAUAGUUUGAAGACCAGGACGAUCCGCCGGGCUGUGCUCCGGCUGUUCCAGUCUAAGUGUUCACGGGGCCCCAAUGUGAAGGGACUCAGAGGAGAGUGGGAUGGAAGUGGAGAACUUGCUAGUACAUAA